AUGGCAUUUCCCAGUAUCUUCUAUACUCCCUUAGCCUUCUCUUGCCUGUUCAGACAAGUGCUGGAGAGGAGAAUAUCGCUAUCGUCUACAGAGUUGGUAAUACAAGUUGGUCUGGUACGAUGGGCGGGGCUCAACUUCUUGACCUGUGCAGCAACUCUAACCGCCUUCCUUUUCCUCGCUUUCUGCCAAACUAAGGCUGAGUAUUGGGAUAUUUCUCAAAAUCUGAGAGAAAUCGAGGCAUCUCGAGAGGCCUCUCGUGCCCCCACUGGGGCUGGGCUCGGUGGACGCCGUCUGGCCAAGCAAGCUCCUUCAUCUGAUGAUGGGACGCAAGAAGCCCCGAUUGAGCUCGAGCGCCUGCAUGGAAGGCCGAUAAUGUACCCCUCUGUACUUCGUCACAUACGAAUGGCGGGGGGGUUCAAAGACGACUUCAGUCAUUCUUACCUUUACAUUGGUGUUCCUGUGGGCAUCCAUGCUACUUACUCGCCCAUGAUAUCCAUGGACCGACCAUCCUACAAGGUCCUAUGGAACAUUCGGCCUCAAGAUCAGGCGAUCAGGGGCGGCAAAGAUUUAACCUUGUCCCAUAAGCUAGAGGAAUGUCUUCGUGCACAGGUCAGUCGCCACCUCUCUGAUUAUUGCCAGAAUGAAGACCCAAGCGAGUGGGCUUAUGCCUACCUCCUUACUUCACCUUGCAUGAACGACCAUAACAACAACAAUAAUCCUCUAGCUUUCUGGUAUCUUUACAGCUCUGACAAGAAACUUACGGCUAUGAUUCUGCAGCUUGACACCUCAUAUGGCGAGCGCAGGCUAUGGUUCGUGAGGAACUCCCUGCAAAGGCAAGCAAAGGGCAGCUCUUACUGCUUCCAAGGCAAGUUUGUCAAGGACCUGCAAGUCUCACCCUUCAUGCCUCUGGGGUCCGACACCAGCUACAUCGUCGAUACGUCUGAUCCCUGCGCAAGCACGGAUGGUCGCGUCAACAUUUUAAUCACUUUGAAAAAGGGGAAUAAGACGCUUAUGACAGCUAGUGUGAAGCCCCAUUCGCCUUCUCUAGAUAUACCCACAGCAAGCACUUGGUCUUCUCUCGUCUUCUUGUGGAAAUGGUGGUGGGUUCCCAUGGCCACAGUCGUCACAUGCAGAAUUCUUGGACAAGCGGCCAAGAUUUAUCUCACUCAAAGAAAGAAGAUCAAGGUGCAGACAAGGGAAGAACCAAUUAAGACAGUGACCGCCAAGCCUGCAAGGACGGUAGAAAUGUAUGUGUUUUCAACAUCAAAGCUUCGGAUCGAGACUGACCUUGCUUUAGGACUCUAG